GAUCUCCCAGAAGCAGCGGCGGCCCCUGCGGAGCCGGUGUGAGACGGCUGAACGGGACCGCGGGCCGCUCCCGGGCGCGGCGAGAUGGAGGUGAUCUCGGCGCCCACGGUGACGGUCUUCAUCAGCAGCUCUCUCAACACCUUCCGCUCGGAGAAGCGGUACAAUCGCAGCCUUACCAUCGCGGAGUUCAAGUGUAAACUAGAACUGGUGGUGGGCAGUCCCGCUUCGUGCAUGGAACUGGAGCUGUACGGCCCCGACGACAAGCUCUGCUGCAAGUUGGAUCGAGAGGAUGCGCUGCUGGGCUCCUAUCCUGUGGAUGACGGCUGCCGCAUCCACGUCAUUGACCACAGUGGCGGCCAACUUGGAGAAUAUGAAGACGUGUCCAGGGUGGAGAAGUAUGAGCUCUCAUCAGAAGCUUAUGACCAGAGGCAAAAUACAGUUCGAUCCUUCUUGAAGCGCAGCAAGGUAGGCCCAUACAAUGAAGAGCUUCGGGCGCAGCAGAAGGCGGAAGCCGCCCAGCGCCUCAGCGAGGAGGAGGCCCAAGCCAGUGCCAUCUCUGUGGGUAGCCGUUGUGAGGUGCAGCCACCUGGCCAAUCCCUUCGCCGGGGCACUGUCAUGUAUGUAGGACUCACAGAUUUCAAGCCAGGCUACUGGGUUGGUAUCCGAUACGAUGAGCCCUUGGGGAAAAACGAUGGCAGUGUGAAUGGGAAACGCUACUUUGAAUGCGAGGCCAAGUACGGUGCCUUUGUCAAGCCAUCGGCUGUCACCGUGGGAGAUUUCCCAGAGGAGGACUACGGCUUGGAUGAGAUGUGACACUGAAGGGAACAUCUCCUGACCCGACCCCUGACAGAGCCCCUUUGUCUGUAUGCCUGUGGCCCCUUUCCUCAGACCCUGUUUAAUUGUAUUCACUUCUCUGCCAUUGACAUUUCAGAUCUGUGCAUUAAAUUAAUCCAGGAGAA